AGCUUCAUUACUCAACAAACACACCCGCCUUUUCAGUUUCCAUCCACUCCCUCCAUGUGAGACCCUCUUCACUUUCUUUUUGUUUCUUCCUACUCAGAACCAAUUAUAUAUAAUACAACCCAUGUCUUCUUAGAGAACCCUAAAAAUCUGUGAGUAAUUAUAAAUCCAUUCCACAACUCUCUCUCUGUGGAUUUGGUGAGGGAGUUGGAAUGAAAUCUUUUCUGUCAAUGGAUGUUCUUUGUUUGCGGUGAGGUUCUUUUCUGUACAGGAGACCGCAAAUGAAGAUCUUGGUUGCUCGGUUUGGUUUCUUGCUGCUCAUUAUUGGAUCUUUGGACUCAAUUUCAGCUUUCAGUGAUGAACCCACCAGAGAUCCCCUCAAGCUUAUCUUAGGAGAGGAGAAUUUGGGGCCUUGGAGAAAUGGAAUCUCUGAGGCUGCUCAAGCUCCGGGGCCUUCGAACGGAGGACCUCAGGAAACUCUUCUGUUGGCCUCAGGUAGGACAAAAAGACCGGACAUUCUCAGGGGGUUUAAGCGAUAUCAAGGUGGUUGGGAUAUAACCAAUCGGCAUUACUGGGCUUCUGUUGGCUUCACAGGUUUCGCUGGUUUUGUUCUGGCUAUAGUUUGGUUUGUUUGUUUUGGCUUGGCACUUGCGUUACAUCAUUGCUGUGGAUGGAGAAUAAAUAUAAAAGGCAAAGCGUCACGGCGAUCACAAAGGAUUUGUCUUAUCAUGCUCAUAUUGUUCACAUGUGGUGCAGCGGUUGGAUGUAUUCUUCUUUCUGUUGGUCAAGAUGAAUUUCAUGGUGAAGUUUUGCGUACUAUGAAUUAUGUAGUAAACCAGUCCGACUUUACUGUCCAAACACUGAGAAAUGUAACAGAGUAUCUGUCCCUUGCAAAGAAUAUCAACGUGGCACAGGUUUUUCUUCCUUCAGAUGUCUUGAAUGACAUUGACAAGCUGAAUGGGGACCUCAAUACUGCUGCAGAUACCCUGACAGUGAAGACAAGUGAAAACUCUGGAAAAAUAAGAAAAGUUUUCAAUACCGUGAGAUCUGCAUUAAUUGCUGUUGCGGCAGUGAUGCUUAUUCUGGCUUUACUUGGAUUUGUCUUGUCUAUACUUGGGCACAAACAUGCAGUUCAUAUAUUUGUUGUCAGUGGAUGGUUGCUGGUGGCAGUUACAUUCACCCUCUGUGGAAUUUUUUUGGUUGUUAACAACACAAUUUCAGACACAUGUUUGGCCAUGGAAGAAUGGGUACAUCAUCCUCAUUCAGAGACCGCUCUUAGCAACAUCCUGCCAUGUGUUGAUCAGAAAACAACAAAUCAAACACUUGUUCAGAGCAAAGAAGUCGUCACGAACAUUGUAAAUGUUGUUAAUACAUACAUAUAUAACAUUGCGAACUCAUAUCCUACUCCAGCUACCCAGGGUGCCCCACACUACAAGUUCUACAACCAGUCUGGUCCUCUGAUGCCUCCUCUAUGUUACGCAUUUGAUCAGGAGCCACAAGAUCAUCAAUGUGGGGAUCAAGAGGUGUCCAUAACAAAUGCUUCUCUGGUAUGGCAGAACUAUGUAUGUAGGGUAUCGGCAUCUGGAUUGUGCACCACCACCGGAAGGGUGACACCUGACAUCUACAAUCAGCUGGUGGGAGCAGUUAAUGAGAGCUAUGCUCUGGAGUACUACACCCCGCUUUUGCUCAGUCUCCAGGAUUGCAAAUUUGUGAGGGACACUUUCCAAGAAAUCACAUCUAGUUACUGUCCUCCAUUGGAGCAUUAUCUCAAGAUGGUGAAUGCAGGACUGAGCUUGAUCUCUGUCGGAGUAUUGCUUUGUCUUGUUCUAUGGAUACUCUAUGCAAACCGCCCCCAAAGGGAGGAAGUGUUUGCGAAGUCAUGCUUGCCGAUAAAACGCAACAGUUGCUGCAAGAACCAGAAGGACAUUUUUAACAAUGAUAGGAAUGGCGGUGUACCAUUACCAAAUACAGGUGUAGCAUAGACCAUGCAUUAGAAAAUCAAAACCAGUGUAGGUUGAUUCCUUUAGUUUUAUUGCUGCCCUGUUACGGGAAGAGACCAAGAGGAAGAAACCAAGGUGGGGCGAAGCUCCAUUUUGAGUUGGUGAGUAUAAUAGUCAUCUCGUGUAUUGAGCGACUGUUGUAUAGCAGGUGAAGAUAUAUGUUUUCUGUCUACUUUUGCUGGCAAUGUCCGCUUGUUCCGAGGUUCUGAGCAUCGCAUGUCAAUUCAGUAAGCUGGAAAGCCAUUUUCAGUCUCUAAGCA